AUGGCUGUCAACGAAUACCUGGUACGAUGUUUUCAAAAGGCUGGUAUCCCGGUUAUAAAAGAACCCAUGGGUUUGAUAGAGGAAGGAGCCUUUAGGCCUGAUGGUUACACUAUCACCCCAUGGGCUCAGGGACGGUCCCUGGCUUGGGACGUUACCUUACCCCACACUAUGGCUGACCGAUAUAUCGGCUACACUUCAGUGGAGGCGGGCACUGCUGCCCUUAAAGCGUCCGAUUUCAAAAAUGAAAAUUGCAUGCCUAACCAUGGCUUGUUCAUCAAAACGGGUAUUGUUGUGAUAGUUUAA